AUGCUUGGCUGCCGAAGAAAUCAGUAACCGAAAAUUCCCCUCAUCUUUCCUAUGGGGAACGGCCACCGCUGCUUACCAAGUGGAGGGAGCGUGGGAUGAGGAUGGAAAAGGGGAGAGUAUGUGGGACCACUGGGUACACGACGACCCAAGCAGAGUUGAUGACCAGAAAAAUGGAGACGUUGCUUGCGACUCGUACCACAAAUGGCGCGAAGACAUCGAGCUGUUGAAGGAACUGGGAGUAAAGUUGUACAGAUUUUCCAUUUCAUGGCCCCGAAUUCACCCCACUGGUUACCCCGACAGCUACAAUCAGGCUGGUGUUGAUCAUUACCUUGAGUUCAUCAAGGCUCUACUUGAAGCUGAUAUUACUCCUUUGGUAACUCUUUACCAUUGGGACCUGCCUCAAACUCUCAACGAACAAGGCGGAUGGCUCAACGAUUCAACUGCUGAACGUUUCGGAGAAUACGCUAGAGUCGCUUUCGAAAAGUUUGGCCCCUACGUUAAACUGUGGGCAACGAUUAACGAACCCAAAACUACCUGUACUCUUGGAUACGGCCAAGGACAAAUGGCUCCUGGACUGUCUGAUAUUGCAGAGGGUAUCUACCAAUGCGCCAGAGUUCAGCUUCUAGCCCAUGCCACCGCUUACCACAUCUACCAUGACGAAUUCGCAUCCCAAGGAGGUAAAAUCAGUUUGGUUAUUGACUCUACCUACAACGAACCUUUGGACCCCAACAGCGAAGCUGACAUUGAAGCUACCGAGUGGGAGUUUGAAUUUAAU